AUGCUUCAGCCCCUCCAACCGCAGGCCUUUCCACGUCGCCCGACAUUCACUUGCAUUCGACAACUUGCGAUGACGAGCUACCCUCAACCACGCCGUUUCGAGGACUUCCGUAUCGCCGUGAUAUGCGCACUGCCCCGCGAAUACGAUGCCGUCAUCCAGGCUUUCGACGAGAUAUGGAACGAUGAUAGAGAUGGGCGCGGGUCCGCGCCCAGGCAAUACAACAAUCACACGCUGGGGUUGAUUGGAGUUCAUUAUGUUGUUUUGGUUCUUCUCCCCAACAUGGGAAAAGUCAGCGCAGCCAACGAGGUAGUCCGGCUCCGGUCCAUCUAUGUUGGGCUGGAGGUAGCCUUCUUGACUGGGAUCUGUGGGGGAGUGCCUAGCCCGGGGACCGAUCAUGAGGUGCUGCUUGGGGACGUGGUGAUCGGCAAAAGCAUCGUGCAGUAUGACCUAGGCCGACAAUACCCUGGCAAGUUUCGCAGGAAAGACGGUGUUGAAGACAACCUGAGCCGACUCAACAAAGACGUGCGUUCUUUUCUCACCACCUACGAGACGCAACAUGGCCGGAACGACUUACAGCGCCGGAUCACCAAAGUCCUUACGCAAGUCCAACAGAUGGCCAUUAACGCACAAGACCGAAUCUACUACGAUCGUCCUGCAGCCGAGAAGGACUCACUUUUUAAGCCGGAUUAUCUUCACAGACACCGAGAUCAGCUAGGCUGUGGCUGUAGCGAAUCUACUGCGUGUGACGAAGCGAUUAAAGCGUCGUGCGACGAGCUUGGAUGCGAUGUUGCACAUCAAGUACAUAACAUUAUCGCCUUUGAGAUGGAGGGGGCGGGCGUUUGGGAGGAGAUCCCGUGUGUUAUUGUUAAGGGGGUAUGUGACUACGCCGACAGUCACAAAAACAAGUUAUGGCAGGACUUCGCCGCUGCAAUGGCGGCCUCAGCGACAAAGGCGCUGAUGGAGCGCUACGUUUGCAGGAUUCCCAGGACAAUCUCCGACCCUACUCCUACCAUGUAUACGCUUGCCCCUGUUUUGUCAGGCGUUGUAGGGGUGAGUCGCUUUGUUGGUAGAGACGACGAACUUGGAUGUCUGUAUGAGGCGCUGAAAUGGACGGGUGAGCGCCGCACCGCCGUGCUACAGGGUCUAGGUGGCAUGGGAAAAACUCAGUUAUCGAUAGAGUAUACGAAGCGGCAUCGCAGCGACUACUCGGCCAUGCUUUGGCUGAACGCAAGGGACGAGACAUCACUGAAGCAAAGCUUACAACAAGCGGCGCAGCGAAUCUUGCGGGAACACCCGACUAUGGCGUAUGUACAAAAUGCCAUGGUCAAUCAGGACCUUGACGAGACGACGGAAGCAGUCAAGCGAUGGCUGGGUGAAGCGAGGAACGACCGCUGGCUCGUUGUCUACGAUAACUACGACGAUGUCAGAUUUGACCGCCGCGGCGAUGCGGGUCAAAGUGCCCAAUCUGUUGCGGAGCAGGGUGGGACUGCAUCUGGCAACACAAGCCAACCGGAGGCAGCAUAUUCAAAGGCGUACGAUAUCCGUCCGUACUUCCCUGAAACCGACCACGGCGCCAUCAUCAUCACAACCCGAUCCUCAACAGUGAAACUCGGGCAGUUGAUCCGGCUGAGUAAGCUAGGCGACGUCAAUGGCAGCUUGGCUAUACUGGAGUCAACAUCCAAUCGUGCCCAUCUGAGCCAGAAUCCUGAUGCUUAUACGCUUGCGCGGCGACUUGACGGCCUUCCGCUUGCCCUGUCGACGGCUGGAGCGUACCUCAACCAAGUGUCGACGAGCUGCGCUGAGUAUCUCCGGCUGUACGACGAAUCAUGGCUGCGAUUACAGAGAGAGAGUCCACAGCUUCUGGAUUACGAUCAAGCGUUAUACUCGACGUGGGGUAUCUCAUUCAACCUCAUUCAGCAGCAAAGCAGAGGUGCAGCUACCCUCCUUCGACUUUGGGCAUACUUCGAUAACGAGGACCUAUGGUACGAACUGCUGCAGGAUAUGGGUUCAGAGGGGCCGGUUUGGCUACAAGACAUAACGAAAGACAACUUAAUCUUCAACACAACAAUGAGACUUCUUUGCGAACAUGGACUAGUAGAGGCGGACCUUACUAUAAAAGAGACUAAGGGAGAGUCCCGAGGAUACAGUGUGCAUGGAUGUGUCCAUGCGUGGAUGAUACACGUGCUGAACACGGGAGUCGACGAGGAGAUGGCUUGGACAGCAUUGAGGUGUGUAGCAUCACAUGUCCCAAGCAAGGAGCAGCAAGAGUAUUGGAUAGUACAAAGACGACUUUUACAACAUUCAGACCGAUGCAUCACAAAGAUAGCGACAGAUGCGGCGGAGGAAAAAGAUGCAUGGAUGUUUCACGAACUAGGCAACCUUUACUCGAACCAGGGCCGACUCAAAGAGGCCGAGGCCAUGUACGAGCGGGCUCUUCAAGGCAAGGAGAAGGCACUAGGGCCAGACCACACGUCAACACUGUCGACGGUCCACAAUCUAGGCAUCCUCUACAAGAACCAGGGCCGACUCAAAGAGGCCGAGGCCAUGUACGAGCGGGCUCUUCAAGGCAAGGAGAAGGCACUAGGGCCAGACCACACGUCAACACUGUCGACGGUCCACAAUCUAGGCAACCUCUACAAGAACCAGGGCCGACUCAAAGAGGCCGAGGCCAUGUACGAGCGGGCUCUUCAAGGCAAGGAGAAGGCACUAGGGCCAGACCACACGUCAACACUCGACUCAGUCGAAUGUCUAGGCAUCCUCUACAAGAACCAGGGCCGACUCAAAGAGGCCGAGGCCAUGUACGAGCGGGCUCUUCAAGGCAAGGAGAAGGCACUAGGGCCAGACCACACGUCAACACUGUCGACGGUCCACAAUCUAGGCAACCUCUACAAGAACCAGGGCCGACUCAAAGAGGCCGAGGCCAUGUACGAGCGGGCUCUUCAAGGCAAGGAGAAGGCACUAGGGCCAGACCACACGUCAACACUCGACUCAGUCGAAUGUCUAGGCAUCCUCUACAAGAACCAGGGCCGACUCAAAGAGGCCGAGGCCAUGUACGAGCGGGCUCUUCAAGGCAAGGAGAAGGCACUAGGGCCAGACCACACGUCAACACUGUCGACGGUCCACAAUCUAGGCAACCUCUACAAGAACCAGGGCCGACUCAAAGAGGCCGAGGCCAUGUACGAGCGGGCUCUUCAAGGCAAGGAGAAGGCACUAGGGCCAGACCACACGUCAACACUCGACUCAGUCGAAUGUCUAGGCAUCCUCUACAAGAACCAGGGCCGACUCAAAGAGGCCGAGGCCAUGUACGAGCGGGCUCUUCAAGGCAAGGAGAAGGCACUAGGGCCAGACCACACGUCAACACUGUCGACGGUCCACAAUCUAGGCAACCUCUACAAGAACCAGGGCCGACUCAAAGAGGCCGAGGCCAUGUACGAGCGGGCUCUUCAAGGCAAGGAGAAGGCAUGGGGAACAGACCACACGUCAACACUCGAGACGGUCCACAAUCUAGGCAACCUCUACUCGGACCAGGGCCGACUCAAAGAGGCCGAGGCCAUGUACGAGCGGGCUCUUCAAGGCAAGGAGAAGGCACUAGGGCCAGACCACACGUCAACACUGUCGACGGGCCGACUCAAAGAGGCCGAGGCCAUGUACGAGCGGGCUCUUCAAGGCUACGAGAAGGCACUUGGAGCAGACGCCAUAAAGACCUAUAUUCCUGCCUUGAACGCACUUCAAAAUCUCGGCUCUUUGUUUGAGAUGCUUGGCGAGAAUAGCAAAGCUAUCUCAUACUACUCAAAAGCACAGAACGGCUUCUUAUCCGUACUAGGGUCACAGAACGAACGGUGUACAUAUUUGUCUGAGAAAAUAGGCUCAUUGCAGCUUGUUAUACAAGAGAUGGAUGUUUCGCUUCGCGUACAGAAGCCAGGACGAGGGCUGAAAGCCAAAUGGAAGACAUUGAAGGGACAUCUGAAGAGGCGCUAG